UUUGCGUAGAAUCGGCUAAUGAUGCUAAAUACACGAGAUUACGAUGAAGAGCUUGCUGAUGAGACAUACAUUCUUGCGCUUUUCCCAUAUUCUGAUAAUCCUGGAUUGUCUGUAUCAAUGAGCAAUUUUCAUCAAGAAUUUUCUGUAUUUGCGCUGAAUUUGGUGGUGGUCCAGGUCUAAAGAAAUUAAUAUUAUUAAUCUAAUUGAAGUCGAAAGACUUGUUAAUUUAGUAUUUUAAUACCUUUGUUGUUGUUGCUGUUGCUGUUGUUGCGGAUCUCGUUGUUGAGGUCCACGAUUUUGCGGCUGAUUUUGACUUGGUGAAUAAGCUACUGACAUUUUUAUCACGUUUAAUGCACUCGAAACAGUCUAAGUAACUGGUCUAUAAGGAUUAUAAGACGUUCUAUAUUCAAUUAAUGAGUAAAUUAAUUUAUUUUCGACAACAACUUUUCACAGAGAAGCUAGAAAAUUGACUUUUGGGUAGCACUGUGCGGCUUAUGAAGCUAAAAAUUGACAAAUUUAUGUGAUUCGGGACAUGCCUUAAAACCAAAACAUCCAGAAACUUUUAUUUUGACACAAAAUAUGAUCGAAAAGAUCAAAUAACGCGGUAUAAAGUUAAUUAAACCUUCUAAAAAUCAUAGUGUACGUUAAUUAAAUGUAAAUAAAGCAGACAAUAAAGGAAUUAAGCAUCGAUUGUCCCAAAAUACAUAACUUUACGACCAAAUUUAUCCAUCACAUUUUUUGUUAUUUUUUAUGAAAAAGAAAUUUUGAGUUUUUUUUCGCGUCACAAAAAAUCAUGAGCGAAGAGUAUGAUGUGAUCAUAGAACGUCAACGCAAGGAGAAAAAGGACUUGAGAGAGAAAAUUAUUGCAUUAAAACGAAGCGAAAAGGGAAGUAAAAAGGAUAAGAAAAAGUUACAGGAUGAGAUUGCAGCUCAAAUGGAGAAAGAAUUAAUCGAUAAACAUGCAGAAGAACUAUCAAAGCUAAAAAUUGAAGAAGAUAAUCCAGUUGAGGAAACUGAUGAAGCAUCCAAGUCAGAUGAUGGCAAUGCGAGAAAGUCAAAGGCACAGAGAAGACGUGAGCGUAAAGAACAGGAUAAUAAACGCCGUGAAAGUGACAUACAGCAAGGAGAAGAAGCCAAUAAGACAUCCGCGAGACAGCUCGAGUCCAAAGCUAUCAAUAGAAUAUUGAAAUCACGAAAUCUCGUUUUGUAUCAUAUCAAAUCCGACGGAGAUUGCCUAUACAAUGCAAUAAGGCAUCAGCUGGAAUUUUACGGUAUUUAUCAUAGUGUUGAAUCAUUGAGGAAAAUAUCUGCCGACUAUAUUCGUGCAAACAAAGAUGAAUUGAUCUUCUAUAUGCCAAGCUCUCGCGGUGACGAUAUUAUGUCACAAGAGGAAUUUGACGAGUAUUGUGAUCAAGUCGAAAAUACAAAAGCGUGGGGCUCACAAAUCGAAAUACAGGCUCUGUCAAACAGUCUAAAGCUCAAGAUCGAAAUCUUGCAGUCCGAAGGAAGACCGACAAUAUCAGGCGAGAAUUCUAAAAUCCAUCUCAUCGUUACUUAUCACCGUCAUUUCUAUGGCUUGGGUGAGCAUUACAAUUCAACUAGUUCAAAAGCAACCAAUAAUGAUCACAAUCACCAAAAUGAUCACCACAAUUAAAGCAUGAGAAUGAAACAGAUACAAAAACAAAUAAUAAAAUACAUAAUACAAAAAUUUCCAAUAAUAAAAAUGUUAAAAAAUUUUCAUUUUAAUUCUUUAUGA